GCCUAAUCUCGCGUGACUUGCCCUAGGAUCCUCCAAGCAGGACGAUGGCGGUUACUUCGAAGGCAUACCGGUUGUCUCAACAUGUUUAUUCUACUUUACAGACCCUGUCGUGUCCCCUGGUGGAAGGUUUAUAUCUGCGCGAGGCUGAAACUAUGCAGGAACUGCUGUGUACCCCGUCUCAGCACCGGACUGAUAUACUGGCUUGGAUCUGUACCAGGAUCUGCCCUUGCCUCAGUCAGAGGCUGGUCUCCCUGAGAUCUAAAGAGCCAGAUGCCCUUAGCCAAGAGCUGGCACAGUUUGGGCAGGAGUUGAUGCUGUGUGGAACAGAUGACCUGGACCUCAUCACGGGCCGGGCCUGCCCCAUACGCCAGUUGUGUUUUCUGGAGCAGCUGCUCACUGUGGUCCAAGGCUCAGCGGGGCCUGGUGGGGACAGCCGGGCCGGAGGAGAGGGGCUGCUGAAGGAGCUGUUCUCUCCUGAAGCACUGCCCCACCUCACACACACACUCACCCCCACACUCAACCCCUGGCCAGCUCAAAUCAGGGCUGCCCAGAAAGGUCAGAAGUCACUACCCAGCAGGCCGAGAGGCGAGGAGGUCGCUGAUGUCACAGCCUUACUGGAGUCCACGCGCAACACCUUAGAUCAGCUACACAAACAGUGUGUGUUCCUGCGUGAUGAGGCGACCAGGCCUAGCGUGUUCUCUGUGUGUGCGUUGCGUGUAGCUGUGUGUGAUCUGGCUCAGAUAAUGGGGGUGUUCAACCGUGUGUACGAGACAGACUUCAGAUCCUACGUUAACAGAGACCCUCCCAGCCUCCGCCCGCACACACACACCUUCAGGACCGUGCACACCCUGCUGAGUGCCUGCAACACGGAGCUUGAGAUGUUGCAGCAGCUAUUGGUGACCUCUGUGUCUUUGUCUGACACUGUUAAGGAUGUGCACACACACCCACGCUACUGGAGCCGUGGACACAGACAAACACUGCCCACCCAGUUGGAGGAUCUGACCAGAAGAUACAGAGUUCCUCAUCCAUAAACACCUGCUAGCAUGCUCGUCUCACACCACAUACUAAUGCUAUUACAACAUAUGCUACGAUUAACAUAACUUUGUAAUGCACUUUAAGUACAGUUAGUGUUUUACACAAUAAAAAUAGAAAUGCGUGAAAAGAAUAAAAUAAAAACAUUAUUUAAAA